CUUGUCACUUUAUUUACUGUCAAGUCAUUUUAAUCUUUUUGAAGAAAUAUUGUUUCUUUUGUAAUCUUUCCAGUUUGCAGCUUAGAAUUGCAGUUAGAAUAACUUAUUUAGACGUUUUUCAAUAAGAUAAGUCUAAAUAUCAAAUAAAACUAUGGCGGAGGGAAUGAAACAAACCGUCGCCAGCAUGUUAAAAGGCAUAGAAAGAUACAAUCCGGACAAUUUACCAACGCUGGAACGCUACGUUGAGGUUCAAUCAAGAGAAAAUUCGUACGAUUUAGAAGCUAACCUAGCAGUAUUGAAAUUGUAUCAAUUUAAUCCUCUUAGUUUCAAUGUUGAGGUUACUUGCCAAAUAUUACUUAAGGCUCUCACCAAUCUGCCCCACACCGACUUUAUAUUAUGCAAGUGUCUCCUUUACGAUAAACAGUUAGCUCAAGAACCAAUUAAUCAAAUCGUUUAUUUAGCGGAUAUUUUAGAACAGUGUGACUUCCAACUGUUUUGGACUAGAAUAAGAACCCUGCCUGACCUUACUCAAUCCAUUACUGGUUUUGUAGAUUCUAUAAGGAAGUUUGUUUGCCAUGUAGUAGGUAUCACUUACCAGACCAUCGAGAGGACCCAUUUAGCACAAUUGCUUGGAGAUGUGGAUGAUAACACUCUUAAAAUAUGGGUUAAGAAAUACGGAUGGAAAGAAAUGGCUGAAAAUUUGAUUUUUAUUGCUAAUCAAGAUGAGAAUAUUAAAACAAAGAAUAUCAAUGAGAAAAUCGAUUUCGAAAAUGUCGGGGCUAUCAUGGCGUCUUGUCGUUGAGACUUUUGUUUUUGAAUAAACUUUUUAUUAAUUAG